AUGCGCUUUUUCACUUCUGUUUUCAAAUUAGCAGCAGAGCAACCUAUAGUACCAGAAGCAAUUCCUGCAAUCAUCGCUAUCGAUGAAAUCGGCAUAAAUCCUGUACAGCCAGCUGGAGAUAAUAUAUUUUUGAGACCUGGGUGUGAGCUGCGAUUGAUACCGAGAGGUCGUGUUGGAGAGAUUAUUGUUCUUUUGGAAAGCUUACUUCUACUCAAUGGUGACAGCAGAUAG